ACUGACGUAACGCUUAGUUCGCUAGCGCGUCAAGUCAGUCAGUCAGCUAUAGCCAAGAUUUAAAAUACAUAUAUAUAUUUUUUAAAUGAUUUGUAGCCUAAACGUUUGUGUUGAAAGUGAGCUAUAGUUUCGUUUUUUGCCUGCCAAAAACGUUUCUUUGUUUUACUGCUGCACCUUGCUUAAUAAAGGUGUAUGUAAUGCUAGCUAGCUAACAGCUUGCUAACUGUUAACCGUUUGACCGUCCCUGUUUGUGAGACCUAUUGAAAUGGAUGACCAUGAUUCCCUGGGCAGUAUGGACAGCUUACUUCUCCAGCUAGCUCUGCAAACCAGGGACAUCGCUCAGAAGAGGGAUCAGAUCAAUCAACAGAUUCAAAUCGGCAAAGCCAAUGUUGCUGAGAAGAAAUCCUACAUCAUAGGGAUCCAGAAAAACAUCAGGAAGCUUGAGGAGGAAUCUCACCAUAAGCAGAACAUUGUGAAGCAUCUUAAAGGCAAUACGAAAAAUCUAAAGGGAACUAACGGCCUCCUGCUGCAGUAUGAGAAGACGCUGCAGGCUGAAUUGGAGAGGAGACGAGACAACUGUAAUCAAGACAUGAAAGUGUACCAGGAGAGAAUAGAGCGCUACAGGAAGGUUUUCCAGCAGCACAAAGAGAGUUACUGCCAGAACCCUCUGGCCAAGCAGUUGCUGAUGAUUCAGUCAGGAAAAGAAGAGCUGGAAAGCAGGAUUAAAGUUUGUGAGGAUCAGAUAACAGCCAAAGAGAAGGCUCUGCACGAUCUACUAGGUCAGACAUUGUCCAUCGAAAACCCAUUGGAAAGCAUCUCUGGUCUAUUGACGGCAGCAGAGUCUCACAGACAGUCAUCGGCUCAGACUGAGGAUGACCAUCAGUCUCCACUAGACAUCUCCUCCUCCAUGAUGGCCAUGAGAAACACGGAGAGGGAAUUGAAGAGCAUCUAG